UCAUCUCGAUCUUAAUAUUAUCUCACUCUUCUCUCAUAACAAUAAUAUAUAACAAAGAACCAACUUCAAAGUUCAAAGCAAUCCUCAAAUUUUCAUUUCAUAUCUCCAAAAAAAAAAAUGUUGACAAAAUUAUCACUAAUUGUAUUGUUAAUAAUAAUAACCAAAACUGUUACUUCUAAUACUAAUUAUCUAGAGUUUUACAUGCACGACAUUGUGGGUCCCACGGCGAGACCAGUCACUGGCUUAUUAGGCAGCAUCUACAGCCGCCACGUGGCAUUCACUAAGCCAAUCUCCCAUCCCCCAGACCGUGGUGGUGGGGUCCUCCUCAUCCCCAAUCCAAACGACGCCGUUCCAAUCGUAAUGGGUUCUGAUGGAUUGAGCCUUGGGUUCGGGACAAUUACCGUGUUCGACGAUUUGGUGACGAGUGGGCCCGAGUUAGGGUCCCAAACGUUGGGAAGAGCUCGAGGGGUCUACGUGGCAAGCUCUGGAGACGGGAGUAGUUUGAUGAUGACGUGUACGGUGGUGAUGGAAGGAGGUGAGUAUGGAGAUAGUAUUAACUUGUUUGGAGUUUAUUAUAGGGAAAGUAGUAGUGCCACGUCAUCAUCACGGUUGGCUGUGGUUGGUGGGACCGGGAAGUACAAUAAGGCAGGUGGGUUUGCGGAGAUCCGGUUGGUUGUUCGUAGUGGUCCACGUGGUGUUUAUGGUGGGGUGACGUUGCUUAGGAUUAUUGUUCAUCUAACCUAAUUCACUAAUCUUAUAGGAAAUUUAUGCAGUAAACCUUAGAGGAUAUUCUAGGAUCAUUUUACUAUAUUGUUCUUAAUUAUCUGUUUUGAUAUUGAUGAGAGUUUUUUAGUUUUAAUUUUUUUUUAUAAUUACAAAUGUUGUACAUAUUUAAGAUAUUUGUAAAUUUUUUAGAUUUUAAAUAGUUUAUAAUGCUAAAAAUAAAAUUUAAAUAAUUUCUUACUGCGAGUAUAAGAUAAAUACAUGUGUAACAAAAUAUGUAAAUCUUAUUUACACCAUUAUAAAUAUUAACGUAUAUUUUCGUUAAUUAAUACAUAAACCUUUUUAUAAUUAUUAUAUUCAAAAAUUAGUGAACAAUAAUAAUAAAAGUAACAAGAAAAAUUUUAACAUAGUUUUGAAAUUAAUUUUUCAUAAUUCACAAGACCAUUUUAUUUUAGGAUUAAUAAAUUGUAUACAAAAUAUAAAGAAAGACUGUUAUAAUACUCUUUUUUUUUUUUCAUAUUGAUCAUCCUUUGUUCAUUAGAUUCUGUCCACUUGUUACCGUUCGUGAAACGUGGACAAACUCCAUAUUUUACAUUUACAUCACAUAAGAUAAUGACAAAUAACUUCUCAUAACCACUCAUUUAACUUUAUCUAUAAGCAGUUAUACUAACUAUGCU